UGCUUUUUUCCGUUUUCGCUUGAUGCUACAUUUCUUGUUCUAAGCCAAUUAUUCUAUUAAAAUAUACAAAUAAAUCUUUGAAAAAUUAACUAAAAUACUUUAAUUUACUUAAUAAAUGCCUUUGCAUCUGAAAAGUGUGUUCGAGUAGCGGCGGCUGACAGAAUGCUCGAGGUGGGCGAUUUUAAAAGAAUACAAAAAAUAGGCGAAGGAACUUAUGGCAUCGUUUAUAAGGCAAAGGAUACGAAAACAGGAAAGGAUGUGGCACUAAAGAAGAUUCGUUUAGAAAGUGAAACUGAGGGCGUCCCUUCGACGGCAAUACGUGAGAUUUCGCUACUCAAAGAUUUGACGCACAAUAACAUCGUGCAGCUGUAUGAUAUUGUGGUGGCGGACUCGAGCUUGUAUAUGGUGUUUGAAUAUUUGAAUAUGGACAUGAAGAAGUUAAUGGACAAGAAGAAGGAUGCCUUUACGCCGAAGCUUAUAAAGAGUUAUAUGCAUCAACUUCUUGACGCCAUAUGUUUUUGCCAUACAAAUCGAAUUCUACAUCGAGAUCUUAAACCACAAAAUUUACUAGUCGAUAGUGUGGGCAAUAUUAAGUUGGCAGAUUUUGGAUUGGCACGCGCUUUUAAUAUGCCAAUGCGUGCAUAUACACACGAAGUUGUCACGCUGUGGUAUCGUGCGCCUGAAAUACUGCUGGGCACCAAAUACUAUGCGACGGGUAUGGAUAUCUGGAGUUUAGGUUGCAUAUUUGCGGAAAUGAUAAUGAAGCGCGCACUCUUCCCUGGUGACAGUGAAAUUGAUCAGUUAUAUCGGAUAUUCCGUACCUUAGGUACACCCGACGAAAAUACAUGGCCGGGUGUAAGUCAAUUACCCGAUUACAAAGCUAAAUUUCCUAGGUGGGAAAAGACCAAUGUACCAGAUGUUAUUUUGAAACAUGAAGCGUAUGAUCUCUUUAAGAAUAUGAUGCUGUACGAGCCAAAUGAACGCAUAUCAGCUAAAAAUGCUAUGACACAUUCUUACUUCGAUGAUGUUGAGCAUGUGGAUGCUGUAGCCCUGCCGGUGGAUACACCAUAAAAGGGUUUCUAUAAUUAUUUGCAUUUAUUUAACUAAUAGCUAAUUUACCAUUUAAUGUUGCUAGUUAUGGAAUGUCUUUUAAAUGAAUGCCAGUCGAGAAUUUGUAAUAUAAUUGCCUGCCAUUUUUUGUAGGCUUAUUUCUGCUGUUAUUGUAUUUAUGUAACUAUUUUUAAGGCCUACACAAAUAUAUGCACAUUGAUUUUCUAGAUAAAUUAA